AUGGCCGCCAACAUCACAUUCAAGCCCGCAUCCGAUAUCCCAAACCAAGCUGGUCGAGUGUUCCUGAUUACUGGUGGCACCAACGGUCUUGGAGCAUCAUCGUUAUCUUUCCUAGCAUCUCAUAGCCCUGCACACAUUUUCUUCAGCGGUCGCAACAAGGCUCGUGCCAAUGACCUCAUCUCCAAGGUUGCGCAAGCCUCGCCAUCCACCAAAGUUACAUUCGUCGAGUGCGACCUCGCCAGUCUCGCAUCCGUUCAGUCUGCCGCCAAGCAGAUUCUAUCGUCCACCGAUCGUCUCGACGUUCUGAUGUGUAAUGCGGGUAUCAUAGCCACGCCUAAUGAUAUGAGCAAGGACGGUUACGAAUUGCAGUUCGCGACGAACCACCUCGGCCAUGCGUUGCUCAUGAAACUACUCUUACCUCUUAUGCUCGAAACUGCGUCGCAGUCCAACGCCGAUGUACGUAUCGUCAACCUCUCUUCUGUAGCAUACAGACAAAGUGUGCCUUCCACUGGCAUCGAGUUCGCCAAGCUGAAGACCAAGGGCGCAAAGUACGGAUCAUUCUUCGUCCCCAAUAAAUGGGCCUGCUACGGGCAAUCCAAGCUAGUCAAUCUUCUUUAUACUACUGAGCUGGCUGCUCAUCAUCCAAGCAUCACAUUCGUCGCGGUGCAUCCGGGCUUCAUCAAGACGGAUCUUUUCGUGAACAUAAAUUUCAUCGAUCGUCAAGUCGUGAACAUCAUUUCUGGUGGAAACUGGCUGGAUACGGAGCAGGGUGCGUACAAUCAGACGUGGGCAGCCACCACGACGAAGGAAAACCUGGUUAACGGAGCGUAUUAUGAACCCGUGGGUAUCAAAACGACGCCGAGUACGAAGUUAGGAAAGGAUCGAGCGCUGGCGAAAGAGUUGUGGGAUUGGACUGAGAGAGAGUUGAAGGCGUGGGUUUGA